GGGAGGAGAAGCAAAAUGGUUCCGUCUCCGCACGAUGAUGAGCGCGCCAGUCGGCAGCAUGAUCUGAUUGUCUGGGGAGCAACUGGCUUCACAGGUCUGGUCAAAGAUGUGCACACUCGCACUGAUCUGCUUGAGAAUGGCUGCGUUUGCCGGCUGCAGGCAAGCUCCUCAGUAACUAUCUCGCCGAGAACUACGGUCCGUCAGGCCAUUCUGUGAAGUACGCGCUCGGAGGAAGAUCAGAGGCCAAGCUCACCAAGCUGCGAGAGGACCUGGCGCAGGAGACGGCAGACAAGAGGUUCCUGGACACGCCUCUCGUGAUCGGCAAUGCGGGAUCUGAGGAAUCGAUGCAACGGCUCGCGAAGCAGACAAGAGUGGUGGCCUCCCUCGUGGGCCCCUUCGAAAAGUCUGGAGAGGUCAGUGGAGUGGAGGCAGCGCAGAGAUGCACAGGUCCUGUGUUCAUUCGGCUGCCUGGCUUCUGUCUGUCAGAACCUUGUCAAGGCGUGUGCCGAAGCGGGCACCCACUACGUCGAUAUCACUGCCGAGUACCCAUUCAUGCGGAGGAUGAUUGUCAAGGUGAUCUAGCUAGCUGGACAGCCGUCCGACCGAACUUAGACAGACAGAUGAAUCGAUGGAUGUACCGUCUCUCUGUGUGUGUCCAGUACUCGUCGCUGGCUGAGGAGAAUGGGGCCAAAAUAGUCCACGCGUGCGGCUUCGACUCGGUGCCGUCCGACAUGGGCACCUUCAUGGUGAGUCAGCCACACACAACCACACGCAGACCACACCCACCCUACAGAUGGCGGCCAGCGGUAUCUAUCUGCUUUUGCUCUUGUCAGGUGCAAGCAUACGCCAAGGAGCACUUCGGCCACCCGUGUCAGCGAAUCCGCUACGGCCUGACACGUCUGAUUGGGCUUGUUUCUGGCGGCACCGUUCACUCUCUGAUAGAGCUGUUCAGCUUCCCGCUGGCGGUGCGGCAAGUGCGCAACGAGGACACGUACCUGGUCGACCCCAUGACCAUCGAGGAGAGUGUCACCCAAGAGACCAUGAAGUGGGCUGGGCCAAGCACAGCACGGACACGACACAAAGCAAAUGAAUCAAUCGAGAUGAAUGAAAUCCGCCUACAUGGUUGCGUUGCGUUUUCAGGCUCAGUGGAUGGAUGCUGUGUCGCGAAGAGUGCGCGUGGGAUCCCAACUUCGGUGCAUACGCAGCUCCCUUCAUCAUGGCCCCAACCAACACCAAGAUCGUCAAGUGAGGCCAACCCAACCACUGCCACACCGUGUGUCGGGCGGGCUUAUGCAGACAGGACAGAAAACGUGGUCUUUCUUCUGUCAGGCGCACUGCGGCGUUGCUGCCGACUGUGUACGGCUCGGAAUUCGACUAUGGCGAGUGUCUGGCAGUGCGAAACAUGAUCGUCGCCCGCCUCUUCGCGUGGUUCACCCUCCUGUGCGAGGCUGUCUUGAUUGCCUUCCCAGCUGCCAGAUGGAUCGUCAAGGCCCUCUUGCGGCCAGGUGGGGCGACAGUUGCCAGCCGGCAUGCAUCAUAUCCUCCUCUGGAUCUUCCUCAUGUCGUUCCUUCUCUUCCGGUGUCUGUCUGUUGGCCAGGUUGGGGCCCUCCCGCCUUCAUCCGCCGGCUGUGCUGCUUCGCUGGCGACAUUGUGGGCACUGUCAGAGAUGGGGUCGGCAAGUACCACAAAAUCACGGGGCGAGUCGGCAUCAACGAGGACCCCGGCUACGAUGGGGUGCGCACGCAGAACGAAAAAAUGACUGCUUUGUUCGUUUACACUACACGCGUGUUCCGUCCGCAUCUGUCCGUCAGACGGCCAAGAUGCUGUGUGAAAGUGCGCUGUGCGCUGCCCUCGACGCACCGACCAUUCCAUCCACCUGCGGGGUGCUGACUCCCGCCGUAGCCUUCGGCCCCACACUGAUCAAGCGACUCAAGAAGACCGGCAUGACAUUUGAGGUGGCGGCGACCGAGAUGGACGCCGCUGAGAGCACCGACAUGGGCUCGGACACCAAGAGAUCUGACGACUCACUGGUCUGAGGGGAAGGGGCCACAUUUCAUUCAUGGGGCUGUGUUCCUUCCCUUCCUUGACAUGAUGUGUAGUGCAUGAUUUGGUCGCGUGUGAAUGUGCAGUGCAUGCUUAGUCAGCUAGUGUGUAUACGUACGUAUGGUGUGAAAAUGUGUGUAUCUAAGUACGUUGCUUACGUGUACUGGUGUGUGUUGCGGUGCGGUGCAUGUGUGCAGACAGCCAGGCGGGCUGUUCACCAUCGCGCACAGCGCAAGUGAUGUGACGGCAACCGGUACGCCACGCACGCCUCCUUGUGCAGGUGUAGGUAGUUUUAGCUAGCUAGCUACGGAUAAUGAGAGAGAAUUGGUGCACUCACUGCACGAACUGGCUCACUAGGUGCUUGAUGUGAUGGAUGUGUGUCUCUUGUCUGUCUAUUGCCCCCCCGUCUGUCUGUCUGUCUGUCUGUCCUGCCUGCUCUUUUUAGUUCUCGAGCUUUUUCAAGACCCUGCCGCCUUCUGUCUGUUUGCGCCCCGACGGCCUCCAUGUCAUGUGUCGAUAUGCGACCGAAACGACAGAGAGGGACGGCCUAAUUGGCCACCCAUGGAUGUCGUGACUGAUUUUCGUCCCUCUCUUGUAUCUGUCUGUCCGUCUUUCUGUCGGGAUUCUUGGCGGUCGGUUGGUCGCUCUGUUUUUUCUUCUUCUUCUUCUUCUUCUUCUUCUCUUCUUCUUCUUGAGCGGCGUUUGCAUCAGGUCCUCUUCCCUUUAAGCAUCUUGUGUCUGCGUGUCUGGCUGUGGCUCUCGCCGAGAAUAUGCCUUGCGCCAUAUACUGACCUGCGCAAACUCGGCGCUGUGGGCUGCUACUGCCAUGUUAUGUUGUGUCGUCGGGAGGGAGAGAAGUGGGUUGGUCGAUUCGACUGUAGUAAGUUCAUCAAGGGUGUCGCAUGGUAGUGAGUGGAUCGGACAAUAAUUGUCGACUCGACCUCUGAGAAGGCUGGCUCUGCGCCCUUGACAUGUAGCCCUCAGUCAUAAAGCCUUCCUCAUGUGUUUGCUACGUGUCGAAAAACUCUGUC